CAAUCCACGCGCUUAAGGUCGAUAAACAUCCGAUGACACUGUGGUGCUCCUCCAAGUGCUAGUUGCCUGUGGCUAUAUGUGUUUGGCACUUUAUCUCGUCUGGACAGACAACAGGAAAUUGUAGAAGCAAUUGCAGGUUUGCGCCUCGUCUCGAGACCUUUUGGAGCAGGUCUCAAGGACUCUUGUUUGAAGGCGGAGAAUCAGAACGGGCAGAAUGCGUACGGGCAGUAAAUGUCUCCUCGGCUCAUCCAUCGUUCUUGUGCUUCUGGGAUCCUGCUUUGGUGCCUUCUAUGAAGACUUUUCAGCCGACUGGGGUGGGGAGAACAUCCUCUUAAAUGAGGGCGUGAAUGGGGUCGACCUCAGGUUGACUACCAAUACAGGCGCAAGAUUUGCUAGCCGCAAUUCAUACUUGUUUGGGGCCUUCAGUGUGAAUAUGAAGCUGAUUGCUGGUAACUCAGCUGGAACUGCCUGCUCAUUUUAUCUAACUUCGUACGGCGACAGCCACGAUGAAAUCGAUUUCGAGUUCUUGGGAAAUGUAUCAGGCCAACCGUACGUGCUGCACACGAAUGUUUUUGGUCAUGGGAAAGGUGAACGAGAGCAGCGCAUGUUCUUGUGGUUCGACCCAACAGCAGAUUUCCAUAACUACAGUGUCAUCUGGAACCAUCGCCACGUAACGUGGUACGUGGAUAAUACUCCCAUUCGAGUCUUCAGAAAUCUUGAAAGCAAGUAUCCGAACACCUAUUUAAACACUGAAGCACAAGUCGUGUCUGGCAGUAUCUUUGAUGCUAGUACGUGGGCAACUCGUGGUGGUCUUAUUCCAAUUGACUGGAAUUCUGCACCGUUCAUUGUAAAGUUCAGAGACUUUUCGUUCAAUGCUUGCCAUGUGGUAAACAACGACGUUACAAACUGUAAGAAACAGAACGCUAGAAAUUGGUGGGAAGCGAAGAAUCUGGAUAGGGCAAGUAUUGCGAGGAUGAGGAGUGUCACAAAGAAGUACAGAUUUUACGAUUACUGUACUGAUAAAGUUAGAAACCCCACUCCGCCUGCAGAAUGUAGAUAUAAUAACUUGUAAUUAUCUAUGUGCUUGUAUCAACAUAUGUAUUAUUCGUACAUAGUAGACUGUAUCCUAUGUUUUUUCCCAUAGUCCUCGUUGUACGAUUUGUUCAAUAGAGCUCUCAGGAACCUAUUACUUCGUAUGCUAGAUAAGACUGCAGCAUAAUAACAUUGUAACGAGUAUCUA